UUGUGCUCCUCUUCUUUCCCCUUUUUCCUAAUCUAAAAUAUGAGAAAAUUUGAACUUAAUUAUAUCUUAGAGUAUGAUUUUUUUUAAAAAAUGAUCUUUUUAUAGAUUUUGCAUGAAACCAAUCUCAAAUUAUUCUCCUUUUGAGAGUGAGGAGUGUGGAGGAGGAAGUAAGGAGAUCUUUUUCAGCUUCAAAGAGGGAUUUUUUAUAAGGGUUUAGAGUCACAAUUUUCUCAAUGGAGGAUCUUCCUGAGCCACUACUCUUGGACAUCACCAAGAGGAUUACCCGAACUUCGGAUCGAAACUCCCUCUCUCUCGCGUCGAAACGCCUCCACGCAUUCGACGCAGAACAAAGAGAGUUCAUUCGCGUUGGCUGCGGCCUCCACCCGGCUACCGACGCAUUGACUUCGUUGUGCAUCCGAUUCCCGAACUUGACGAAAGUCGAGAUCGUCUACUCCGGUUGGAUGUCGCAUUUGGGCAAGCAAAUCGAUAACAGAGGGCUCCUUGCACUGUCGAGCCAUUGCCCGGCCCUCGCCGAUCUCACCUUGAGCUUUUGUUCCUUCGUCAGUGACGCGGGCCUCGGGCACUUGGCUUCUUGCAAGAAGCUAACGUCCCUCGAGCUGAAUUUCGCGCCCGCAAUUAGCUCUAACGGGGUUCUCUCGGUCGUCGUGGGGUGCAAGAGUCUGUCCGCGCUCCGCCUCGUCCGGUGCAUGAAGGUGAAUGGCGUCGGGUGGUUGGAGUAUGUCGGGAAAUUCGGGUCGUUGAAGGAACUCGCAAUCAAGAAUUGUCGGGCCGUCGGCGAGGACGACCUUAUAAAGCUCGGCACGGGGUGGAACGAGCUCGAGAGGUUCGAGUUCGAGAUGGACUCGUGUUAUCGGUGUCCGAAGGUUUACGACCUCUCCGCGGCGAGUGACGGCUUUCCCGAGUGUCGCAUUCAAUGCGAGAAUUUGACGGAGUUGAGGUUGACGAACUGCGUUGUGGAGCCGGGAAGGGUGCUUUCGCACCUCCUAGGGAGCUGCGACCGCGCGUUGGAGAAGCUUCGCUUGGAGACAUGCAUUGGUACUAGGGACCGCGAUAUGAUCGCGCUAUCACGGAGCUCGAAGAACCUUAGAAGCAUCGCGCUUCGCCUCCCUCUACAAUAUCUGUCCCCAUGUCCGGUGAGCAAUGCUUCGACACGGUUGCUAACCGACGAUAGUCUCAUCGCGUUCGCUAGCGAAUGUUCGAUGCUCGAGGAGGUCGAGUUAUCCUUCGUCGGCGGGGAUUUCCCGAACUUCUGCUGCUUUACUCUGAAGGGCAUUUCAACUUUGAUUCAGAGCUGUCCGAUUCGGGUACUGGUGCUCAACAACGCGUGCUUUUUCGACGACGCGGGAAUGGAAGCGCUUGUUUCGGCGGCGUUCUUGGAGACGCUGGAGCUCGCGCAGUGCCAGGAGGUCAGCGAUGUGGGGAUGCGGCGUGUCGUGGAUUUCCCGCGCUUGGCUCAUCUCAGGCUCUGCAGGUGUUUGGGGGUGACCGAUCUCGGGCUGAAGGCGGCCGUCGACUCGAAGAAGUUGGAGUCUUUGGUGGUUGAAGACUGCCCUCAGAUAUCUGAGGAAGGUGUAAGAGGGGCUGCAAGAUCUGUUUCUUAUGCGCAGGAUUCGGCGUGGCUGUACUGAAACAUGUUUCUUACUUCAGAACAAAAAGUUUGUAGAUUAGGGAGCAUGUUCUAAUCAGAAGCAAAAUUUCCCGAGCUUAUUUAGGUAACUAGAUUGCAUAUAAUAUUUUUACUUAUGUUGGAACUCGAAAUUGUUUAUAUGGGAGGAAAUCGGGUUUGCUCUGAUAUCAUAUUAAAUAAUAUGAAAUAAUCAUUAUUUUCUAGAAA